AUGGUCGACCGCCCCAACAAGCCCUCCGCCCUUUCCGCAACCCCCGCGGCCGCUCCCGAGUCCACCGCCAACAUCACCCACAACGACUCUCGCGUCUCGGCCGUCCUCCCCACCGGAGAGAGCGUCGAGGUCCUCCUUCAUGGAGCUACCGUCAUCAGCUGGAAGGAUGCCUCAGGGAGCGAGAAGCUCUGGGUGAGCGAGGCUGCCGCUCUUGACGGCAGCGCUCCCGUCCGAGGUGGAAUUCCCAUUGUCUUUCCGGUCUUUGGAACCGCCCCCGAUCACGAGGCCACCUCCAAGCUCCGCCAGCACGGCUUCGCCCGUAACUCGCGAUGGGAGUUUCUUGGCAAGUCCACCAGCGAGGGCUCCAGCACCAGUGUCAAGCUCGACUUUGGCCUCUCCUCCGAGAGCGUCUCGGAAGAGACCAAGGAGCUGUGGCCCUACAAGUUUGCUCUCAUCUACAGCGUCGUGCUUGACCGGGACAGCCUGAACACCACCCUGGUCAUCACCAACGAUGGCGACGUUCCUUUCGAGUUCCAGACCCUGUUGCAUACCUAUUUCAAGAUUGAUGACAUCUCCUCCACCGAGGUCACCGGCCUUGAAGACUCAACCUACAUUUCCAAGCUCGCCGGCCCACAGGAAGAGACCCAGUCCGGCGCCAUCACCUUUGCCGCCGAGACCGACUCCGUCUACACCCCAGCCAACGGCCCCAAGCACCCCGUCGUCAUCUCCGAGUCCGGCACUCCUCGCUUCCGCAUCGUCCGCGACAACCUCGACCAGGUCGUGGUCUGGAACCCCUGGGUCGACAAGUCUGCCGGCAUCAAGGACUUUGAGCCCAAGGACGGCUGGAAGAAGAUGCUCUGCGUGGAGCCCGGAACCGUCAAGGGGUGGCAGAAGCUGGAGAAGGGCGACACUUUUGAGGCGUCGCAAACGAUCACUCUGGUUUGA